CAUAAAAGAACAAAAGAAAUAUAGCGCCAAAAUAUAAUGACCAAUAGAAAUAAAGAAAGUGUGCGGUCCACUGAAGCAUAAAAAGAAAACCUUUGAAGUAAACUACAGUCAAACCAAAGUUACCCAAACCAGUAGAAAAUGUUGUGGCACUAGUGUUGCCCAUGGAUGGCAGGUAGAAAGAAGGUGAUAACUUGCAUAAUGUGAUGUCAUAGAAGAGGAAAGGAAAAUGAUUAGAUUUGCUGCAUUAAAUUACAGUUCUAGUGAAGAAGACAGUCAAGAUGCACAAGAAAGAGCAGCCACUAAAGAAGCUGAGGAGUCUGAAGCUUUUAUGCUGUACAACAGAGCCUUAAGUUUACAGAGACAAGGGAAUAAUGAACAGACAGAAGAGGCUUUUAGAGAACUAUUAGAACAUCCAUUUAUAACUGAGGCAUUAGAACAGGUACGAGAUGAUAUUGAAGGAUCUACCCAUCCCGCCUUACAGCUGUUAUAUUCCAUACAUAAAAACAUUGCUAACAUGGCUCUUCACAGAAAAGAUUAUAAAGCUGCUAUUCUCUCAUACAUUGAGGCUGUAAAAAUCGAUACAACAGAAGUAACAGUUUGGUAUAAGAUAGGAACUAUAGCUAAACAGAUAUAUAACUUUCCUCUAGCUAGAAUGGGAUUUGAAAUGGGUCUACAGUGUAACCCUAACCACUGGCCAUGUCUUGAUAAUGUAAUCACUUUACUGUAUGCUAUGAAUGAUUACUGGUACUGUCUUUUCUACAUAUCAAAGGCCCUUGUGAAAGACCAUGGAUAUACUAAAGGUCUUGUUCUCAGAGGUCAAAUCUUCAAAGAGGAUCCAUCACUUAGAGAAACUACAAUAAACAUGUUCAAAGAUUGUGACCCAGCUAUAGAUAACAUAGAGAUUGAUGCUGAAGACAAGGAAGAAUUUAUCAAUGAGUGUUUAAAGCUGGCUGAGGAAAGAAGACAACUAUCAAAGCCUAAAAUGUUACAAAUGGUCAAAUUACCAGUCCCUAUACAGUUAUAUACAUGGUGUAGCCUAGGAGAAGCCUUGUUGGCACUUUACAAGAUGCUGAAGUCUUCUGAUCCACCUGUUAGUAUGGGAUGUCGUGUGGACUUUUCAGCUUACAAUGGAGAGGAAAAAGUUAAAGAGGCAGAACAACCAAUGGAAACAGAUGCUGCCAUGACAACUGAUGACAUGAUAGUAGAUGAUGUUGAUGAAGCAGCAGAUCAGUUUGAUUCUAAGACAGUUACCUCCCUUGAACAGUUCCUGUCAAAUUUACCAGCUGACCAAAUGACAGAGCUACUACAAAGUACUCCACCAACACCAGGCUCAGUAACAACAACCGUUCAAGAUCACAACACCAGUGUAGCAUCACCAAUGGAAACAAGUGCCAUAACUCAGGCAGAAAGUGUACCAAAAGUUAUCACAGAUGAUAUCCCUAGAGAAGGAACUGUAUCUGACAAUAAGGACACUGAAUCAGCAGAAAUGUUGGCUAAAGAUGACAUUUCAGAGGAAACAAAAGCUGAUCCUUCUAUUGAUACGUUAUCCAAAGAACUAUUUCCAGCAGACAGUUUGUCAAAAUCAAAAACACCUAAGAGAAAGAAAGGUUUCUUGGAAGAUUUUGGUGGGAAAAGACGAUCUGCAAGGGUUAGAAAUACCAGUAAAAGAAAGGAAGAAGACUGUGUUAACUUUCAGGGAUUAUUACUCACGUUCUUACCAUCAACACUCAGGGACUUUGAUGAAGAAGUCAGUAGUGGAUUACUACAGCCAAUGGAAGAAACACCAGCAGCUAAACCAGCAGACCCUGUGGCAUUAUGUUCUGCUAAAAGUCUUUGUGAUACAGAGAAGGAAGAGAUUCGUCAGUUACUGCUGACCAUGCAGAAGAAUAGUGGCUGUUUAGAUCUCAUGAUGCAGUUUAUAUUCAGAUUAGCUGAGAAAUCUAAUCUUAAAUGGCCAGUUGGUCUGACUGGUGUUUUUCUGAGGGUAUACAAGAUGGUGAGGAAUCAUUUUGACCUCCCUGAUACUUUUUGUGAUGAUGAAAUUGAUGACAACUUGAUAGAACUUGGAAAAACAUUACUAUUAUAUUCAGAACUACAGCUUGACAAUUGGACCCUAACCAAAUCCAGAUUCAUGUCAUCUCCUAGACACCCACAAAGUCCAGGAGUUGCUACAGUGAAGGAAUCUGACCUACCACCUUACUAUUAUGACGAUGAAUACUUCAUAUCAGGGAUGAUCUCAAGGCCAGAUGUAUUUGGCAAUUUCUGGUCAGAGUAUUGUGUUAGAGUUUAUUGGUUGAAGGCCAAGUUUUACAUGUUACAAAACAAUAUGGAAGAUGCUGUUUUCUUUUUCAAAAAGGCAUUAUGCUGUCUAAAGGAAUCAUCGGAGGCAGAAACUGAUACAGAUAUACAGAUAGUAAUACCUAACUGUAGCAUACAUAAAGUCUUAUCUGUAGUUGAAGUAGAGAAACAGUUGAAAUCAUUAGAAAGAUCUCAAUCAUUUGAUGAAACACAGAAGUGGUAUGAUGCUGGGGAGUUUGAUAAAGUGGUGGACUGCUUACUGAAAACUAGUCUUAAUAAGCAAGUUUCUAUGACAACUAGCGCAACAGAAAGAAGAUCACAACUACUUUUGCUUCAGGAUUCCUUGAUAAAAUUGAAAGAUUAUAAGAGAGCAUUUUUAUGGUCUGAGAUAACCUUAGAUGAAGCAGUUCAAGCUUAUAAGAUGAGUGAGUCCUCUGAGAAGGAGCAAUGGGCAGCAACAUUGGUCCAAACCUGUGAAUCCUUGAUAUUGAUCAUAAAGAAAGACAAACUGGUCAUUUCUAGUUUACCUAAAGUAAACCAAGCUAGACUUUCACAUAACCUAAUCUACAUGAUAGAUGUUGAAAUGUCAGUUCCUGAUACUUGUAUAGAUAUGCCAAUCGGUACUGUAUUACCAUGGAUACUGUUAUAUAAACUUAUAAAAAAAGAAGAGAGUGAAGCACCAAAACCAAUAAGUCCAGUACCAGAAGAAUUGGACAGUUCUAUUCCUUCUUCACUUAUGUUACUAAAUAUAGCACAUGAAUAUCUUGGCAGACAUGCUUGGUGUACAAAGUCUGAAGGAGAGUUCCUGCUCUUCUAUAUUGGAAUCUUAACCUCAGAAAAAUCCUCCUCAGAUAUAUUCAACGAGGAAUUAGGCCAAGCAGUGGAGCAAUGCUUCUUUUGUUUAUAUGGUCAUCCAACAAAGAAAGGCAGAUAUCGUCAUCUAAUGGACCAUAAUGCUCCGCAGAUUGACUUGACAUGGGAACGCACUGACGAUUUAUUUAACUAUUUUAAACCAAAAUCAGUGCCAGAAUUUGACAGUUAUAAAACAGAAGCAGUACCUGCAGAGGUUGAACAUUUAUUAAGGAGAAUUUGUAAUUUGGUACCAGAAUCACAAAAGCCAGUAUAUGUGAUUGAUUCCUUACAAGAUUACAUUGAUGGAACAACUGACACAUUUAAUGAGGAGUCUAUUUACAAUCCAUCACCUGUAUCACAAGAACUAUAUUAUCUGUUAGCUGACUACUACUUCAAAAAUCAUGAGCAGGCAAAGGCCAUAAAAUACUACAUGAAUGAUAUAUGUGUAAAUCCUAGUCGUUUAGACUCUUGGGCGGGUAUGGCUCUGGCAAGGAUGAGUCAGUUAGAACAAAAACUUAAUUCUACCGAACUGAAAAUGGAUUUCCCUGUCCACAAGAAAUCAAUAGCAGCAUUAAGAUGUUUCAGAAGAGCGUUACAGAUAGAUGAAAGUAAUGGUAAACUGUGGAUGGAAUACGGAUCAUUGGCCUACCAGUUACACUCCCAUUCCUCUAGACAACUAACAUGGAAAUUCACUUUUCCAUUAAGUGCAGAGAUGGAACAGAUAGCCACCAAUAGUAGACAGGAGAUGUUACGGACAUCCUAUAACUGUUACAGGAAGGCCAUCGAGUGUGAGAAUGAGGAGGAAUGGUUACAACAUUACAUGAUAGGCAAAUGUCUUGAGAAAAUGAAAAAGUCACCUGGAGAUUUCCUAAAACAUUAUGAACAGGCAACUGAGUGUUUAUAUGAAGAGAAUGCACCCUAUCCUAAGAAGAUAGCCUAUGCCUAUUCAACACCACAUCUUGCUGUAGAAGCUUUAGAGAUGUUUUACCGGCUUCAUUCCUCUAUUUUAAAACUUAUAUUAGACAAACAUCAACCUGACAUGGAUUAUCAGUUAUUUGAACGUUUUAUAAACAAGGCAGCUUCUAGUCCAUUUGCAAGUGCUAAACAGAAAAAUGAAGAAUUAUUAGACAGCAAAGAAACAACUGGCAUUGAAAGUAAGGUUACAGAUACACCAAAAUCUACCCCUACCUUAUCACAAGACCAUACAUACUCAAAACAGAAACAAAAAAUGUCACUUCUAGAGGCACGAUCAGGAGUAGUCUCUCUUGAAAACUCAUGCAGUGAUUCAGUCUCACAAGAAUCUACUUACAUAUCAUCUGAUCCAGUUAGCCAGUCAAAUGAUGUGUCAUAUGAUGCUUCAGCAGAUUCAACUUUUCAACCAAUGGAAUUAGAUCUUACAAAUCAAAAUAGCAAAGGAGAAUCAUCCCAAACCAGUUUUUCAAACAGCACUUUUGUGGGUUCCAUUAGCAACUUUGAUCUUAAUAAAUCAAAGACGAAAACAUUGGAACUAUCAGAAAAUGAUAUGAGAGAAGAGAUCACCAAUGUGCAAAAAGUAGACAUUUCUUUAUCAACAGAUACAGACAGCUCUAACAAAUUAAACCAAAUUGAAUUAUUAAAGAAAUAUGACAAAGCCAGUGACAGUUCUUUGAGUAUAGAUAGUUCAGAUAUUUAUGAAGAUGAUGAGGGUAAUAUUAUUGUGACAGCUAAACUAGAGAACAUUGGAAGGUCAUCUUCAGAAGACGGGGAGAUGAGCCAAUCAAAAUCAAAGGUUGCUGAUGUCGGUACACCAAUGGUUUUAGCAAGACAGAGCUUUGGAUUUGAGCCAAUGAUAACUGAUGAAACAGAAGUCACAAAAAAAACAGAUGGUAUCAAAAUGGAUGUUGAUGUCCAAAGCAAAAUGGAGGAGAACUCUCAAGAUAUCAAAGAUAGUGUUGCCACUGCACUUGAGAAUGUUGUAUCUACAGUGGAAACAGUUGAUAGUAUUUUGUCUGAUGUAACUGUUAAAAGUGAGAUAUCUACAAUAAAAUCAGAAGAACUAAGUGCUGGUAAAGAUAUUGUACAGCAUUCAGAUAGUAUUGAGAGUAUCCCAGCCAAAGAUGAGGACCAUUCUCAAACUUCUGAGGAAGAACAAAAAACUGACAUGAAUAAAGCUGUUGCUAGUAAGAAGGAUUCUGUGGAAUUAGCAACCUCUCUUGUGAGUCAGUAUGAGUCAACAAGUUCAGAAGAUGAAGGACAAACAAGUGAAAAGAGUAGAGAAAAAUCAACAGUCCAAAUAUUGUCAGCUAAUGUGUCAUUGUGUGCUGAUUAUGACUCUCUUAGCUCAGAAAAUGAGGACAUUGAAAAUGAAGAACAAGAGCAAGUUAAAAAACAAGGGGAAGUAAGAACACUUGGUACGUCAUUUGAUGAUGUGUCACAUGAUAAUAAUGUGAAUGUUCUUGAGAUCAGUGAAGGUGGCAUAAGUGGUGAUGUAACUGAACAGGACAAUAAAGUUAAGCCUCAGGAUGGUGAAGCAAAAAAGGUGGAUACUGACCAGAAAACUCCUACUUGUCAAUCAGAAGGUAAUGAAUCCAAAUCUACUGCAAAUAUAAAAGACACUGAUGACGUACAAAUCGAAAUAGAUAAAAUGUUGGACAAUUUAGGUCCUUCUCAGGAAACUAAUCAAGAAUCUCUGGGAAAAACUGUGGAAAAGAAAACUUCAGAUAAUGAGAAGGUUACCCAAGGUCAAAGUUUAGGUAGUGUUGAAAGUCAGAAAGAAGUGGCAAACAAUGAGGUUGGAAUGGAAGUUGAUACAACCUCUGUAAAGGAGGAACCUGUUAGUUUACAAAAUACUGAAACUGAAAAAAGUAAAAAUGAGGAAAAUAAAAUGGAAACAAAUAUUGAAGUAGUUGUUGAAGAUUCGCUAAUGAAGGGAGCUUCAGAAAAACAGAAAGAAACAUCUGAUAACAAAGAUAAAGAAGAGAAUACAGAAAAGAUGGAAUGUGGAGAUACCACCUUUGAUAAAAAUGAAGUGAACAAGGAUACAGCAGCAGAAGGAAAAUCUGGUUCAGAGAUUUUGAAAGAAACCGAUGUAAAAGAUAGAGAGAAAAAUAUAGAGAAGAAAGACGAUAUCACAGAAAAAGAAACUGAAGUAAAACUUAGUGGUAAAACAGGAGAACAACUACAUAAAUUGUUGAUAGAGAAAUGUAUGGCAGCUUUACAUUUAUGUUUGUCUAGAUUUCCUACACAUUACAAAUCAAUGUACAGAUUGGCUGAUGUAUAUGUCAACUCACCAUAUCAUAAGAACUUGAAGUUUGCUCAAGACUUGUUGCUAGGAUCAUCCAACUGGCAACAACAAAGUCACAUGCCUGCACAGGGAUUAUUUGGGGACAAGAAACAGAACAAUUUUUUCCAGGGUAUAUGGAGGAUACCUAUUGGUGACAUUGACAGAUCAGGAAGCUUUGCCUCUCACAUGAACAGAUCAGUCAUGUUAUUGUUGGAGGUCUUGAAGCAGAGGAGAGAGUUAACACUGAUGUAUCAGAUACAUUUAUGGAUGAACAGAUCUCCUGAAUCAGGAAAAAAAUAUUUAAGAGAUUCAGAGAGAAUUCUCUUUGUUAAGAUGUCCUUUAGAUUAUGUUGGGAAAUCAUUGAAGAAAGAAAUGUAGAAUUGACAAAAAUGGUGGACCAAGAAAAGCUGGAGAAAAUUUUAUUGGAGGUUUAUAAAAUAUGGAAUUAUGGGAAUUCCUCAAAGAUGAAGAAUGAUAUAGGGCUUGACACAAACAAGAUAUUUGGGGAGACUUACAACGCUGCCAUGAAAGAUAAGAUUGCUGCAGAUCGUCCUCUUUUUAAACAGGCUGUAGAUUUCUGUCAGCACUACAAUCAGGUGAAAAUUCAGAUGCAGAAAGCUAAUCAGGAAGGUCAGAGUGUUGGGAACAGAUCAGAAUCUUUAUUUUCACCAUCUCGUCUGUCAUUUUCACCAUAUUCACCAGUAAAAUCAACUGCAAUGCAGUCACCUAGUACUCAGAGUCCAAGUGUUACAGCAUCACCCCUGCAACAAUCAAAACAACUUUCAUCUAUCAUGCCUAAUCAGAUUUUAGUAGUAGACAAAGACAAAAAAUGUCUGUCUGCUUCAGUUGGAACAUCAGGCUCCAACAAAUCAUCUCAACCACAGUUGGCAAACUUAACAAAACCAUCAGAGACUUUGAGAAUCACACAGUCUCAAGCUUUUGUUAAAAAGCUCCCUGAAAAGACAUUUGUCCCAACUGUUCAUCAAAAAGAUAAUAAAUCCAUACAUGCUUCUUCAAUUCAGCAUAAAGAUGCAAAGCCUAUGGCAAGAAAACCAGCAACAAACCCAUUUGAAAAUCCAGUUGUUGAAACUUUAGUUAAGGACAUCAAUCAUGCAUCAAUAUUUGAAACAUUAUUAGCAAAUGAGUUUGGCAAUGAGUCUGAAGGUCAGAAGAAAGUCAAAAACCCUGAUGAAGUGGAUGGGUCAGCCAAGAAAGGUCAUAUUUCAACAGUUACAGAUAAAUAUACAAAGAAACAGACCAUUGUUGUAUCGAAGUCAAGCAAUCAACCAAUCAUAUGUAAAGUUGAUGAUUCAAAAGGAGGCUUAAACAUUGUUUCACCAGAGUUUGGGUCAUUGGAAGUUUUAUCUCCAAAUACACCUUGUCCAGACACUUUAAAAUUUAGUAUUCCAUCAAAAGAUCCAAAAACCAAAACAACCAUUGUUAUAACUAAAAGAAAACCACCACUUAAGAUUACUGAGCCAAUAGAAAUAUCCUCUUCUGAUGAUGAAGAAGACUUUAAAAAAUCAGAAACAACAUAUUCUGUUGCUAAGACAAAAGGGGUCACAGUGCCAAUAGAAAGCAAACAGCAAACACUGUCUUCAUCAUCAGCAGUGAUUCCAAAAACAAUAUCAUCAUCAUCAUCCAUUCCAAAAAUAUCUCAAAUGCAGAAAGUGGCAAAUCCACCACAACAAGUCCAGAGAAGUGUGAUUAAGUUAGAUAACUUAGAUUCAGCGGAAGACAGUAUCCCAUCAUCCUCAGGGUCUGGCUCAAUCUAUGUUCCAGAUGAUAGUAGUUCUGAUAGCAUACCUUCAUCUCCUGAGCCGACCAAUUGCAGGCUUGAUGAAAUAACUGGACUUUUUAUUCCUCCUGAUGUCAAAUUUUUCAAUGACAACAAAUUGAAAGAUGAUAAUAAAUAAAUUAAUAUUGAUUGUAA